AUGAGCACAACCGAGAUGGAUAUGUAUGCAGGUGGAGCUGCUAUUGCUGUUGUCUACCUACCCGAGGGCAGUGAGAUCAACAUUGCUGGUUCUUUCAAGGACAACAGUGCGUUCUACCCCGAAGCAUCAUUGCACAGUGGAGGUGGUGCGAUCUACAUGGACUACAUGGAGGGAGAUGUAACGUUCACAGCUGCCUUCGAGAACAACUCAGCCAAUCAGGGUGGAGCCGUUAAUGUGCAGGGAGUGCUUGGUAAUAUGAUUGUGGAUGGUUACUACUAUGAGAAUCACGCCAUCGAUGAUGGAUACGGUUCACGAGCUGGUGCAUUCCGUGUGCUCGAGAUAGAGUCCUCAGGCACUGUUAUCUUCAACGGCUCUUUCGUUGGCAAUACUGCUCAAGGACGUGGAGGUGCCAUCGCCACCAACAUACACAGGUCAGGUAGCAAGAUGUACUUGGAUGGUAUCUUCCAGAACAACGUAGCAUCGACUGUCGGUGGAGUGUGGAGUAUGUGGUCUAGCACCCAAUUGAAUGGUAUGGUCCAACUCGACGGCGACAGUAUCUUCGAAGGUAAUUUGGCCGUGUAUGAUGAUUCCGAUUCUGGUAUCUACGAUAUCUCUCAAGGGGGUGAGACAGAUAAGUUGGCUGAAGAC